GUGCUUUCGUUCCUCUUCAGAUGGUGUUUCCCGGUGGUCAGGAUUCCUGUUCUCUUCCAGCAAAACGUUCUGCACAACACGCUGCUGUUUCUUCGUCUAACACACGGCCGAUACCUUCUGAUUACGAUCUUCUUAACAUGGUUUCGAGAAAGAAGAAAAUCCCAUCCAAGUUGGCCUCUGGUUGUUCCAAAACUUCACAAUGCCCCAACACAGAGAUGAAAUCUGCUCCUCCUCGUCCAGUGAAUGCCACCACCAAUCCUGACUCUGGUGGGAAGAUGAACGCUUCUUUCUCUCGUGACUUUUGCUGUUUGAAGGGUGCUCUUGUGAUGGGAAGUGAAAUGCCUC